AUGUCUUCCGAUACUUUUGUUGUAUCAUCUGAAAGAAAAAAACAUCCUCUACCAGUAAAACGAAGCCGAUCUAUUCAGCCAUUGAGUCACAUACCAGCACCACCCGAUCCGUUACUCGCUCAAUUAAUACAGUUUCGUAUUGAUGGUCGAACAAUUGAUGCACGGAACGUUAACGAACUCUAUCCCGGUUUAGAUCGUUUACUUCUUCGAUGUUUACAAACAGGCGAUUGUCGACAAUUAGAUAAUCGUUUACAACGAAAUUUAAAAGCAGAAUAUUUAUUAAUUACAAGUAAACAUGUACAUCUUAGUGUAUGCUCGCAUACAGAAGAUAUACUGGAGAAACUUGUGGAAAUGGGAGCUACUCUAGAUCUUCACUUCUAUGAACCGAUUCAUAUGAAAGAACUAGAAUUAAUGUGUAAACAUGGUUUUGAUAUCAAUGAACGUAUAUCAAAAUAUAACAAUCAAGCACCAUUGUCAAUAUUUACAAGUAAAAAUUAUUCAAUUGCCAUGCUGGGCGUCUUAGUUAAGCAUGGUGCACGCUUCGAUUUUCAAGAUAACAGUGGUCAAACGUGUGUUCAUAUUGCGUGUCAAUCAGGAAUAGCCGAUCCUGUUUUUGAAUUUAUUAUUAAUAAUUCACCUGAUUCCUGUUUAAAUAUUAGAAAUCAAUCAGGCGGUACACCACUUGAUCUUAUUUAUUUGUCAACAUAUGAACAAGCAAGUCUAUCAAGAUUACGUCGUUUACAUUUACUAUUAGCACGUAAAGGAAGUAAAUUAACACGAUAUGGUAUGCGGGAACCGAAUUUACUUGCUAAAAAGCAAUGCAAACUAUUUGAUAUAUUGGCGUGCAAAGAAUUUUUAUUCAAAUAUCGUCUUAAGGACAUAUUUGAUCCAACAAUACGAUCGUUGGCAUGGUGUAUAUUUUUAUUUUAUGAUGUUUUACGUGCGUGUGAACAACGUAAUAAUCAAACUAUUGGACAACAGACAAUUCAAAGACGUCUCGAUUGUUAUUUAAUAUCGAUGAUUGAGAAUGGUGAAAUACCAUUGGAUAAAUUAAUAUUUCGUCAGAAUCUUCGUAAUGAUAAUAUAUUAAUUUCGUCGUCGUCAUCCGCAUCAUCGCCAACAUAUGAAUUGGAAAAUCAACUUUUGACUGAUACACAAAAUUCACUUUUGCACAUGGCACAAGUUAAAACGAAAUUAAGCGAAUUACGCAUGGAAAAACUUACUUUAAAAGCUAUAUGCAGAAUUAAAAUUAAAAAAGAAAUUCAAACAUAUCCCAAUGAUAUUGUCAAAAUACAUUCGUUAUCAAAAAUUUUACAAGCGUAUUUAACAUAUUAUAAUCCAUUCGUUAAAGCCGAUGUUAACCAUUGA